AUGCAAGCCUACCCCCUUACGCCACCUGGAUUGACUUCUGUGCUCUCCGAGCAGCUUGGCAUCAUUGCAUGGUCUAAAUCCCCGCUUCCAGCCCUGCGCCCUUCGGGUGACCUCUCUGACCCGCCUUCGCUACUGUCGGACGAGCAGGAACUCGCUCCAAGGAAGCCUACCGCCACCGCCACCACUGUCUUUACUAUUCCACCACCAAGACUUCAUUCAAGCGUCGAUACCUCGAUUAUCUACGUCGCUGUCCCUGCCCCCAUCACCACCACCAACACCACCACUCCCGUUCUAGACGUAGAAGUGCCCGUGGAUCCAGCCUUGAUCACGUCUUUUCCGUCGCGCGCAGUCACGUAUACGCGUAGCUCUCACUUUCGCGUCACCGAGGGGUCGAAGAAACUCUGGAAGCUGGCGGCGUUGAACUCCUGUACGGCUCGACAUCGAGCGGCGAUGGCUCGACGCGUUCAACAACGAUUGGGGGCUGAAGCCAAGGAGAAGGAGAGGAUGAAGAAUAGGCCCACGCUAUUGCAGGAUCUGAAGAACUUGGCUGCGAAGCCGAGGCAGCCACUCUGUCCAGCGGCUGUGUGGUCCCCGGAGGGAAAUAGGGGAAAUGGAAAGCAGGUGGGAGUGGGAGAAGGAGGUGAGGUCGAAGUCGAGUUCAUCAUCACGCCGAUCCGUAACAAGUCCACGACGCCGAUUGCUCAAGCGGAGGCCGCUCACGUCAGGCGUCGUGCGAAGAAUGGUUCUAUCAAGCUGAGAAAGCUCGCCGCUGCUAAUAUGUGUGUUCAAAAGCAUCAUGCAGCGACGGAGGUGGCUAGGAAGGAAGCAGAGAGGGCUAGGUCGGUGAAGAAGGAGAAUAGGCUGAGGGAGAACCGCGUAAAACUGGCAAUUCAAAUCUCAACAAUGGCGGAGGACUGCUUAGCUGCCAGAGGCGGAAGUAGGAGGUCACGUAGGAAGCCGGCGCCGAAUCUGUCGAGGAUGUUCGAGGCAGAAAUCGGCAGCGCCGGAGUGGCUGUUAUGGCUGAAUGCUGA